AGAUUUGGGGAGCGGGAGCCCUGUGGGCAGGGUGCUGAGCUGAUGGGGACACACACGACUUUGAAUGACUUGCUGCAGACCGCACAGACCUGCCAAAUGUUGCCAGCAGAGGGAAGGAGAGACGCUCUCCCCAGGCUGAUCUCUGCGGCGCGCUAGGGCUCGGGUCCGGGUCCCUCCCUUUGGCCGCAGGGCUGAUUCAGGGGCCGGGGGGGGGGUGUUAUUAUUAUUCAUUUUAUUUUCUUGGCUGGCCGCUGCUGGCUCCCUCUGCUCUCUCAUCCCCGCUCAGCUUCACCCCGCCCCAACCAGCGCGCACACCCCCCCUGCGCGUCCUCCUGCUCUUCCUGGGCUGCCCCCUGCGUAGGGAAGCGGCUGCGGCUGCCGCUGGGGGUGGCGGGUUGCAGGGGCGCCGAGAUCGGAGCAGCGAGGGAGGGAGGGAGGCCGGGGCUGAGCCAUGCCGGGGGGCGGCUGCCGGAACCAGGGAUGGGGCGAGAGGCUGCCGAGGAGCCCAGCAUCUCCCCGCCGGGGGCCCAGGAAGCAGAAGAGCCGCCGCCGCUGCUGCUGAGAGCCAGCAAAGGGGGGCGAUGGCAGUGUAUGUGCAUGCAAUUUUGCCAUCGCGAGAUCAGUUUCUCCACACAAGCUUGACAAAGGUGAUGGGGGACAGAGUGUGUGCUGCAGCUGCAGACCUGCUGAGACAGCUCACAGAGAUGAGAGAGAGACAGAAAGAGAGGCAAAGCAGGAGGGAUGGAGACAGUACUGAGCUCUGUCAGCCUAUGUAUUUAUCAAGGGGUUUCUGGUGACAAUGCUCGAGAGCAGAACUUGAGUCACCAGAAAGUCCUUCAACAUCUACCAGAGCAGAAUUCAGGUUACCAGGAUCUCACCCGUGGGAGUGGAGCUUGAGUCGUUAGGAAAACUGACCCCAAAAAGGGCAAAGCUUUGGUCACUGAGACUCCCCUUCAGAGAAUGGCUCUCCAGUCAUCAGCAAACUCCACCACCAGAGCGUGAAUUCAGAUCACCCCAAACGCCCACCACUACUGCUGCUAGGAGCACUGCUUGAAUCACCAGGAACCGCCCAGUCCUGUAAGCAGAUCUCCAGUCACCACAGACUUCCAUCCUGGACUGCAGAGCUUGAGUCAUCACAAACCCCCAUCCUCAGGAAUGGAGCUGAAGUCACCUUAGCUGGAACUUCCACUCUCCCCCUGCACCUCCCCCAAGAGUUCGUGUUAUCUGGGUCCCUCCCUCAAAACACCAGUUCAACUCUGAACACCUCUCCCAUCCCCCAAGAAAAAAUCACUUGUAAUUCCCUGUGGAUGGAGCCUGAGUCACUACCAGCUUCUAAGAGCAGAGCUCAAGGCAACCUAGGACCCAGAAUCAGAGCUCAAGACAGCUGAGACCCACAUCCUGUGAGGGGAGCUCAAGCCAAUGGAAACCUCACUCAAGAGCACACCUCUGGAGUCCCCACUCCUGAAACAGAAAAUUGUGAGUGUGGGGACAGGUUUUUAAACCAGAAUUGGACAAAAGCAGUCCUCUGGGUCUGUUUCUGGGGAUCCCCUGAUUUUCCCCUCCUUUACAUCCUUACAAAACAUCCUUUAGGCACUGAAGUAAUCCCUGUCCUUAUAAACAGCAGACAGGGAAUGAAACCUUGAGUCUAACGGCUGGGCAUCACAGAGUUCCUGCUCCAAUCUUUGGUCCUGCCUCUCCACCCUGAGAUGGUUUUGCAGUAGUGACAGGAAAUCAGCUGCAGGUGUGAGAUUCCCUCCUACAAGGAUGCUCUGCUGUACCUGCAUAGCUGGGUGUUAAUCCUUUGGAUGUACAAGAGACCCUGCUGGAGACAGAAUGCCCAUCACCGAUAGAGGUGAGAGAUCCUGACCUGGGGCAGGGGGAGGGGGCAGGCAAAUGCCUGAAGGCCAGCUCCUAAUGUGGUGACCUAGCUGAUGCCUCUGGUGUGUCUGGAGACACAGAGUGCCUUUGGUCCAUGAUGCUCUUGAAGCCUGCCCAAGUCUGGUGUCCUGAGCACAUUGAGCCAUUUUGACUGCAGUUUCAAAGCUGAGCCACGGCCUCUUCCUUGCAGCAAAUGUCAGUAAGGUUGGAAGAAGUAGUAGUUCCCUGUGCUGUAUGAAGUGACUUCCUGAGCAAUGCAGUCAAGAAGAGUUGGUCUAAACUGGAGAGCAGGGUGUGUGUGUGUUCAGGGCAGGCCCACAGUCAUUCGGGGUCUGCCAGGAGUUUUGAAAUAGAGGCCUACAGGACUGUGAAAACUACACCAACUUUGUGGCAGUUCUGCUGAAGAUUCCUGUGGAACUGAAUCUUCCCUGUGGCUGCAGAGUCAGUGGAUACCUAUCACUAGCCAGGAUGAAGAUGAGACGCCACAAGCUCUUUCUGACUCUGUGCAUGGGUGGUCUCUGCCUCAUCUCUGUCUUGCACUUCCUCAAGGCCCUCUCUUACGUCACCUUCCCCCGGGAGCUGGCUUCGCUUAGUCCCAAUCUCGUCUACAGCUUCUUCUGGAACAAUGCACCUGUCACGCCACAGGUCAGCCCUGAGCCAGGAGGGCCGGAGUUUCUCCGCACGCCACUGUACUCCCAUUCACCCCUGCUCCAGCCCCUGCCGCCCAGCAGGGCCAGCGAGGAGCUGCACAAAGCUGAGUUUAUACUGCAGGAAGACACGUCAGAAUAUUUUGUCCAUACCAAAGCUGGCGGCGUCUGCUUCAAGCUGGGCACCAGGAUGUUGGAGAAGCCACCAGCGGGCCGGACGGACGAGAGAGAAGAUGGUGCUGCUUCAGGGCACCCAGCUCGCAAGCCACUGAGCACCAGAGGCACAAAGCGGCGCAAGUGGGUGGAGUGCAUGUGCCUGCCUGGCUGGCAUGGCCCUAGCUGUGGGGUGCCCACUGUGGUCCAGUACUCAAACCUGCCCACCAAGGAUCGGCUGACACCACGUGAGGUACCCCGGCGGGUCAUCAAUGCCAUCAACAUCAACCACGAGUUCGACCUCCUUGAAGCCCGUUUCCAUGAACUGGGUGAUGUAGUGGACGCCUUCGUGGUCUGCGAGUCGAACUUCACGGCCUAUGGCGAGGCACGCCCACUAAAGUUCCGUGAGAUGCUCCUCAAUGGCUCCUUCGACUACAUCCGCCACAAGGUGCUCUACGUCUUCCUGGACCACUUCCCUCCUGGUGGGCGCCAGGACGGCUGGAUCGCCGAUGACUACCUGCGCACCUUCCUGACGCGGGACGGCAUCUCCCGUCUACGCAACCUGCUCCCGGAUGACGUCUUCAUCAUUGACGAUGCGGACGAGAUCCCGGCCCGCGACGGCGUGCUGUUCCUCAAGCUCUACGAUGGCUGGACCGAGCCUUUCGCUUUCCACAUGCGCAAGUCCCUCUAUGGCUUCUUCUGGAAGCAGCCCGGCACUCUAGAGGUGGUUUCUGGCUGCACAGUGGGGAUGCUGCGUGCCGUCUACGCCACGGAUGGGAUCCGCCUCCGCCGCAGAGAGUACUACACUAUGCCCGGCUUCCGGCAGUACGAGAACAGCACGGGCCACAUUCUAGUGCAGUGGUCGCUGGGCAGCCCCCUCCAUUUUGCUGGCUGGCACUGCUCCUGGUGCUUCACACCAGAGGGUAUCUACUUCAAACUGGUGUCAGCCCAGAAUGGGGAUUUCCCCCGCUGGGGUGACUACGAGGACAAGCGAGACCUCAACUAUAUCCGGGAACUGAUCCGGACUGGUGGCUGGUUCGACGGCACCACCCAGGAGUACCCCCCUGCUGACCCCAAGGAACAAAUGUAUGCCCCAAAGUACCUGCUAAAGAACUACCAGCGGUUCCACUACCUGCUGGAGAAUCCCUACCGACGGGCGAAAGGGGCUGGGUGAGGGGAGCGGGACUUGCAUGGGAAAUGGGAACAUUAGAGCAAAGGGAAAGAGUGAGGUGUGUCUUUCAUUUUCCUUCUUCAUUUUGUUUCCAGCUGAGGUGCGUAGUUUCUCUGCAUUCUCUGCCUUUCCAGGACUGAGACUUGAGGUAGGAUUCCCAGUCAUGCUAAUGAGGGCCAAAGGGAAGGGGAAGAAAUGAGAAUUGGCCCUGCAGAAGGCAAAAAGACUGUGGCACAUCCCCUCAACCUUGCCGCAGGAUGGAGAGAGCUUUUCUAGGGGCCAGAUUUUCUUACACGAAGGUGGGCAGAGGGAGCAGCUGCCCCCACCACGGAACAGAUUGCAUGCACAUGUGAGUCUGGACUUGUCAAUGAGCAUGUGAAUGAGCAGGCGAAUGUAUGAUCAUGUGCAUGUGAGUGGAUGUUUGUGUCACGCGUGUUCAUGUGAGUUUGUGUGUACAUGUGCAAAAGCAUCUCUAUAGGCAUUUAUUUUUUUACCUCAGUAUUCUUUAAAACACAGCCUCCCUCUACCAACCUCCUGUCAAUGCAUCUCUCAUGGGCUCCAGUCUUUGUCUAAUGUGCUGCCAGUCUUGGAGCUUGCAGAAAAGGGAAGUGGGGUGGAACACAAGUGCUUGUACUCCUUCCCUACCCCCACCUCACUGUCGCGCUGCACCCCACACCUUAGUUCUGCCCACAAAGCCUCAGGCUAUGUCCCAAAACCUGCUUUCAUCAGAGGAGCAAGCUGAAGGGGUCUUCAUUAGGUUGAUUGUGUGUUGUGUUCACAAGUGUAUGGAUUAGUGUGUUGCCUGAGUGUUAAUGUGCAUGGAUUUGGCAGGUGUGUGGCAGAGUGCAUGUGUGUGUGAGAGAGGUGGGAGCAUGGCAGGAUUCAGAAGCUCUGCUAUCUACUUAGGGGUUAAGGAUAUUCAGGGAACCCUCUACAAGCCUACUGGGUAUGGGGAGCGGGGCUAGGAAGCUGGAGGCUCUAUGUGCCAGUGCUCCAUAAAUGGGCCUAUUCAGAACCAGCUCUGGAUGGGGUAAGAAUGGGGACAACCUUAGGGAGGCACUGCUGGCAAUGUCUGUGGCAGGGAGCCUCCCUCCCCAAUAUAACAAUACAAUACAAGUGCUGGUUAAUCCUCUUCUCCCUGGAGUAAAAGGGAGAGGAAGGGGAAAUCCCAACCCCCUAGAGCCUAGCCCAAGUGUUGGGGCCAGUGGGAUACAGACUGCUGGGGAAUUACUCCUGGAAUGCUGCUGCCUUGUGGCUGGGAGGAUGUGCAAUCCAGACCCCUUGUCUGGACUGAGUGGAGAGUCAUGCAGCGAGGAGGGGAAGUGACCAAACUGGUUUUAAGAGCUGAACCAAUCAGAGCCAGCAAGCUAAACUCUCCAUCCCUGUUGUCCCUCCACCGGGUUUUUAAAGACAGGGCUUAUUUCAUUCCUCAGCUGUCUUGGUUCUUUGGGGUGAUAGCCACCUUCCCCCUCCCCCAGUUUGAGCAAAUGGCUCCGUAGUGUGUAUGGAGUCCAAUCCGUAGCUUGUAGCAGGGUGAAGCUAUGUUAUUUUUCCAGCUGAGAGAGUACACUGAAGAGAGAAAUGAUGGAAACAUGAUUCCCCACCUUCUUGUUUGGAAUAGGCAUGGGGGAGAAAAGGGAAUGUUCCCUAUAAAGUGCGAUCAUCCCCCACCAGCCAGGCCAGCUGUGCUGAAGAGAGGGGGCUUUCUUUGCCAGUGGGAGUGUAAAUCACCCUGACCAUCAGGACUCACCACCCUUGUUUUUUUCCUGGAUUCCCAUUUCUGCUACUUUCUUUUCCCCCACCUUUGUGCUCCCUCCUUCAUCUGUCUGGGGGAAAGUGACAGGUCCUAGAGCUCAGUUCUAAGGUCAAGCUUCCUGAUCCUAUAAGUAUUUCUAAGGUUCUUAUCUUAUCUUGGUAUCUAUUCCCCUAGCACUCUGAAUUAACUGAAUUCCUUUUACAAGCAGCGGUGGGUCCAAAGUACAAUUGAGAUAGAACAACAUAAAGCACCAAAACCCCCUGUUUUUUGACUGAUCUGAGCCAUGUUUAAUCUUAUCUUACUCCUUGUCCCAUGACAGGUGCUCAAAAGAGGCUAAGCACCAUUUCACUUUAUUCACAACUGCUACCAUCACCCACUACUGUCUGCUCCCUGAGAUCAUUGAAGGCUGGCCCACGGAAUGGGAGAAGGGGAGAUUUCCACCCUCACCUCUGGGAGAAAGCUGUUGCUGGGCUGCCCAAGCUGAGUUUCAUGUGCAUGACCCAUCAGCUAGGGUGUGAAGGAGUCAUGUUUCAGACAGAGGGGUGGUACCUCACAGAGCGGGGUCUACAGGCCCACAGAGAGUUCAUGACUAUGGUGAAGGAACCUCCAUGACUUACAAGAACUGGAGGGUGAUUGCAAAAGGAGGGGCAUAUGUUAGUGGAGAAGACUUUGCAGCAGUGGAUUAAUACAGCUGGGCAGUACUACAAUCCUAGGUGGAGGCAGAGGGAGAGCACCAUGCAUCAGCCCAAGAUAUUGCAGAGAGGUACAGAGGGACCCAGCCAUUGCUCAUUUUCUUUCAUUCUUGGAGAAAGAGUGAGAGCGCAGAACCUGCCCUCAGACCUUCUGCUUUGACUCCACCUUUCCACAGAAACAACAAACCAAAGUCCAGUCCCUGCUGACUGGAGGGGAGAGAGAGACACACACUAUAUAUCUUUGUCUGCAAACUCCAGAGUGCUGGGAGGUGGUCAGCUGCCUUGAUGGCAGGCACCAUAUAGCUAGAACUUGAGUCCCUUCCUUGCAGCACAGUCCUAGCCACUAGGCUGGGGUGGAUUUAGAACAUCUGGUUAACACCAGCAAUCUUCCAAGAUAGGAAGCAGUGUGGGACCAAGCAGAUCACAAUACAACCGAAGUACUGUACCACCUCCCCUGGCACAGCACCUUUUCCCCAUUUGCCUCCUCCCCUCUUCCACUCGAUGGGCUCUCUGGGGUUUGCAUUGCAGUGCAGGGUGUGCUUGCCUUGCCUAGGGUUUUGCAGUUGCCUGUUGUGAAUUUCUAAUACGCCCAUCGCUGCAGUAGCUAGGCCUGAUCCAGCACAGAGAUAUAGCCUGCUUGUUCCUCUUCCUUCCCUUAAUUCCUCACUCUCCCUCUUCCGUCUCUCUCUUUCAGUUCCCUCUUCUCACUAUCAGCCACACUCCCCCAGGCAUGAGGAACAGAUCCCAUUGUAACUGGGUAAGAAUUGAACUCCUCUGGGGACUCUCAGAGGACUUUCCAUCCCAAAGUCCCUCUCCCUGCCCCCUCCUCACUAGUUUGUUUCAAAUUUCAUUUCUAACUGGCUUCUGUGUUGAGGGACUUUCAGGAGAAAUGUGUUUGGUUUUACUCUUCAUAUGAGUAAUUUUUGUAAUUGUUCAGUUUAAAGCCAAACCAGUUUAUAUUUGUGGUAUUUAACUUGCAUGGCUAAUCCUCUCUUGAUUGGGUUUAGAGACAUUGACCUCUUUUGGAUUUAACAUCUUCCACUUCCAUCGUCCCUUGAAAGCAGCCGGGUGGGACUUUGGGGAACUAGCUCUUGCUGGUUGAUUUUUUAGGCCAGCAAUCCGCCCCAAUCAGGCCCUGAAGGAAUGGGAAGCAGAGGUUACAUAUGUAAUUUGAUCAGAUAGCUGGAUGGGUGCCUAUAGGAGAGAGACAGAUGAAGCUUGAACAAGGAGCAACACAAAAGUGCAGGGUCUCAAAUUGUGGCAAAGGAGAAAUGGGUGUGAUGAUAAGAAUUGGUCCAGAGCCCUCAUUCCCACAAACCAUUGAUAUGAGCAGCCUGGCUUCUUUGAUUGUGUCUUGAUCUGGCACUGAAGAUGCUGCAAUGGAGUUUAGAAGGGAAAGCUUAAAAAACUCAAACCUGUAUCUGGGAUGUGGUUAACGACAAAAAGGAAGGAUUGGCGCAGGAUAUCACAGCUGUUAUAUGCUAUUUGUUGCAGCAAUCAUAACUGAGAAUGAGUAGUACAACUCACUUCCUCCUUUGCCCACAAACUCUUCUUAGACUGCUGCUGCUUCACUCAUGUCUUUUCACCUUUAACCCCUCACUACCCUUCUUAAUUUGAACCACAGAUGAGGCAGCCUCUGCAAUUUCUGGGGCUUACACUCUGCUGUUUGUCUGUUUCAGUCUGUUGUAUUAAUGUCCCCUGCUCCUUUGUCAUUUUCAAGGCUCUCUCACCCCAUCCCCCCACAUUAAGUCCUGAGAGGUGGGCUCUUUCCGGGUUAUUUAUAAGCGAGGGUGUGGACAUGGUAUUGGAGCAGGUGGGUCCCCCUUACUGGACAGAUUGACUUGAAGGGGCUUCUCCCUAUCCCAUCAGUGGAGCUGGUGGUAAACCUUGGUGAUGCUCAGAGACAGAUUGAGUGUGAUAUCCCUAGGGGAACGAGAGACCAAGGAUGGGAUUGUUUUUACGGCUCUGUGUUUAUUAUGAAAAGGAAAACAUC